CCAGUCGCCGCUCCUCCUCCCCGCCCGCCGCACGGUGUCAGGUGCCGCGGGGGCGGGCAGUGCGCCUGUGCGGCGGCCGCUGGGCGCCGCGGAGCAGAGCGGAGCGCCGGCGGCAGAACUCGGAGGUCGCCACCGGCCGAGGAAGAUGGCGGAGCCGGGGGCUGCGCGCAGUUACCCGCGGGCGACAGCCAUUGAUGGAUUUCUGAAAACUGACGAGAGGCAAAGACUGGCAAAGGAGAGAAGAGAAGAAAGGGAGAAAUACCUUGCUGCUAGGGAGCAGCAGAUACUCGAGAAGGAGAGAAGAGCAAAACUUCAAUAUGAAAAGCAAAUAGAGGAGCGAUGGAGAAGACUGGAGGAACAGAGGCAGAGAGAGGAGCAGAAGAGAGCAGCUGUGGAAGAAAAGAGGAGACAAAAGCUUAAAGAGGAGGAGGAACGUUUAGAAGCCAUGAUGCGCCGGUCCCUUGAACGCAGCCAGCAGCUGGAACAGAAGCAGAAGCGAUGGUCUUGGGGAGGAGCACUGGCUGCAGGCUCAGGAGGGAGAGAUGGUGAAUCAGAAAAUACCCCACCCCCUGUUCUAGGUUUAGCUGCCAACACCCUUCCUCCAGACCCUGUGACCUCUACUGCUCCUGCUGAUUCCUUCAAUGCAUGUGACAAACUUUCAGCUUCUACAAUGAAUCUGCCAAAGCAAAUGGAAUCACCCAUCCAUAAGCGCCUCUCCGCCUCCACAGCAGCAAUAACACAUUCCCCUGACAGAGCUCACCGCAUGCAUCUUAGUCCAAUGGAAAACUUUAUUGUUUCUCGACUGCUGACUCCCACACAGUCAUCCUUAGCCAGAAGCAGGAGUACAUUAAUGCUUUCUGAGCAGUACAAUAAUCCAGUAUUCCAUAUCUGUCCUCGUGUAGCACCAUCUAGUCCUCUUAAAUCUCCCUACAAGCCUUCCCCCACCCGAAGCACUGAGAGAAAGAAGGCGACUUCACCCUCCACUUCUGAUGCCAUGAAAGGAGCAGCUGUAGCUGAAGUUACUCAGACUGAGAAGGUAAAGAAAGAGAAGCGACCCACAACUCCAUCAUCUGGUAUGGGAUCUCCUCUAAGAAGGGCCGAUUCUCCUGCCGCCAUGUCCAGAAGAUCUGCAUCUCCUGCAACUCCUAAGGCAGUCUCAAAGACUUAUCCUCAGUCCCCUAAAAAUGCCAAACAAUAUCCUGCUUCUCCUGUGAAGCAUCGUGCCACUUCUAAUCUCAACCAGGAAACUCCUAAAAAGAAAGCAGACAAGGAGAAAGAAAACAUCAGUAAUCAGAAAUCCCCAGGAGCACGCACUGAUGAUGCAGGUCAGGUGGCUUCUGAGAAGCUUGUGCCUUCUGCAGGGAAGACUGAAAAUAGUGAAGGGAAGAUCACAGCAGGAACAACUGAUGCAGAAGAAGCCUCCAAAAUUCUGGCUGAAAAAAGACGACAGGCCCGCCUGCAAAAAGAACAAGAGGAGAGGCAGAGACAGGAAAGAGAAGAACGGGAGAGGCUUGAAAGAGAAGAACAGAAAAGAAAGGCAGAAGAAGAAAGACUUCGUGUAGAGGAAGAGGCACGUAAGAAGGAGGAGGAAAGAAAACGUGAAGAAGCAGAAGCUAGAAAAAAGGUGGAAGAGGAAGCCAGGAGAAGAGCCGAGGAAGAACAAAUCCUAAAAGAAAAAAAAGAAAAGGAGCUCCAAGCUAAACUUGAGAAACAGAAGGAAGAAGCAGAUAUGAAAGCCCGUGAAGCAGCUGAGCAGCUUCGUCUUGAAAGGGAACAAAUCAUGCAGCAAAUUGAGCAAGAAAGGCUGGAGCGGAAGAAGAGAAUAGAGGAAAUAAUGAAAAGAACAAGGAGGAGUGAAACACCAGAAAUAAAGAAGGAAGAGCCAAAACUGGAGGUACCAUCAAUUCUGAAUGUGGAAAAGCAACCAAAGACCCUUGUUCUCAGCCAGCCAGAGAUCAAUGGAUUGGCAACCUGCCUGAAAAAUAAAAGCUUAGAAAGUGCUGCGUCUGUAAUCCCCUCCCAAGAUGUAGUUGCUAAUGGACUGAAGUCAGUUGCAGGACUUAUUCAGCUGGAGGCUGUUGAUGGGAAAUCUAACAGCAUGGAAGAUUCAACAGAUGAGGUUCAGUCCAUGGAUGUGAGCCCAGUUUCAAAAGAAGAACUUAUCUCUAUCCCUGAAUAUUCACCCAUGAAUGAACUUAUGCCUGGGGUUUCUUUGGACCAAAAUGGGACAAGUAACGCCAAGGCUCUUGAAGAUCUCUUGGAUUUCACAGGCCAAGCUGCAUACUCCAAGAUGUCCAGUGACACCAUUAGCCUAGAUGACUGUAACAAAAACCUGAUCGAGGGAUUUAACAGUCCAGGACAGGAAAAUACACUUAAUUCUAUCUGUUGACAACCUCACUUUUCAGUAGAACCGAUAAAGAGGUAGCAAUUUGUGGAGGAUAUGUAUCCCUGUGAUGCUACUGGCAGUAAAAUAUAAGCUUGUCGCUUGAAAAAGUUUCUGCAGUCCUUGAACACUGGAUUUCAAAUAAUCAGAGCUGAGUAUAACUUUGUCUUCCCAGGGAAUAUGUUAAAUAACUGGCUGCUUCUGUCAGUAACCAGUGAUCUAGAGCCUCAGUAGUUUCCGGGAAGACUGAGUGUGCAUUAGAAUUUGAGCUUUAGCUGCUAACAAAGCACUUAUUUUUUCCUUUAAUGUAAAAUUCAUCUCAACACUUCACUGUGAUUUUUACCUGUGCGUUUUAUUUUAAAAUGAUUCCUCCUUAAGCUUUAUCAUAUAUCUGUUUAGACAUCUUUUUCUUGUAAAUAAUUAUGAGAUUUGCCACAGUGCAUUGAAAUGAAAAACUACUCUGUUCUUCAGUUUUGUGCCUACCUUUUUUUUCUUUAAUAAGGAUUUACUGGCAACUUUUAUGCAGGUGUAUAAUUCAAACCUGUAGCUGAAGAGGCUUGAAAAUAGACAGCUGCUGGAAUCAAAAAGAGCCUUCUUACUGACUGUGGAGUGUGGGAGUUACCCUGUUAUGGUUAUGUUGACACUUUUAGUCACUAGUGGCACUUACUGGUUAAUAUUAAUUAGUCUGGGAGCAACAAUCAACUAUGUGUUUUAAAACAUACUUAUGUAACACCUGUAAAAAAAAAGUAGGCAAAAUGCCUAGUGUAAUCCCUUAAUACAUAUAGUAUAGCUGUAGUAGAUACAAGUUGAGUGGUCGGGGGUUGAGGUAACAUGUUAAUGUUUGACAGUGCAGACACUUGGUUAGUAUGAGCAGGGUUUCUAUCAUGUUGAAAAUUAUUUAGGUUUCCUGUAGGCUCAACAAACCACGAUUCAAUCAGCAGCAAAACAAUAUGCAAAUGUUGCAGCAGAAAUACAAAGGGUGAGACACAGGGAAUGUUGCUCGCACCCUUGACAAUUCUCUAGGAAUCUGUAUGGAAAAAUUCACAUUGAGAUGUAUAAUAUCUAUGUGCCAUACAAUGUUAACUUUAUUUCUGUUGGUGAACUAUGAUAACUUGAUGCUAAAUCAUGUGCUGCUUUGGGAACACUUUUGUCCAAGUUCCUUAUAAAGAAUAAAUUAUAAAUACAACUCGCUUCAGACACUAACACAAACAAAGUGAAAACUUGGACGGGGGGGUGUAUCUUGAUUUUUUUUUUUUAUUUCACAUAUUAAGGAGUUCACAGUGUAGCUUGAGCUCAGUUGUAGCCCCAUGCUAGUGCUUUUUAAAGCCAGCAAUGGGAAAGUAACCAAUGACAUUAUGUGUGAUGUAUAAAGAAAACGUAACUCCAACAACCCAGCUCUAUUUAUGUUAGCGUACUCCAGAGAAAUACUUUAGCUGUGCAGUAAGCUGUAGCAUGGUACUGUGUCUUCCAAAUUAGUCCUUCAUCUAUUUCCUAAAUAGUAAACAAACAAAACCAGUUUGUUUUGACGUGAUACCUUGUGUUUGACAAAUGUCACAUUAUAUUUUAUUAUGGUGUCAUUGUAGAUUUCUGUAUUUGCAUGACAUGUAUAGCAUGUAUAAAGGUGAAAUACAUUUUCAUUUAUGAAUCUAA